AACUCUGUGGCUGCAGAUGUGGCACCUGCACUACAGUCCGUGCAGGCCUGUGUGGAUGAUCCGUCCCAGAGAGGUCGUACCAGUCUCAGCUGACGAUCCCGUUCCAACAGAGUACAGCUGACACGUCCUCCUCCCCUCUCUCCUCGCUCAGCCUCGACAGCUAACCUGCAGUCAGCCAGCAAACUGAUCCUCAGCUCCAAGCUGGUCUGUAGCCACCGUCUGGACCUGCCUGUUGGGGUGGAGUGACCAGGGCUACGCCCUCCGCAGGUCACCUGAGUUCGUCGUCCAUCUACCGUGUGUUCUGGCCCCCUACCUGAUCGUCACCACCUGCUCUGACUCCCGCGUCCGGUUCUGCGAUGCUCUGUGGAGGGGGGAGAGACUGCCCUGGGGUGUGAGGAGGGGGAGAACAGGGUCUAUCACUGGGAGCCUUGGGCUCUACUCAACGGGAGGAGGAUAACAACAGUGCUGUGUGUGUCCCGGGACGUCCUGUAGCCGUGUCCUGUUCCUACACUGGACGACUGGCUGUCUCCUUCAAACAGCCCCGGCCCGGACAAUCCCGGGACAGAGCCAUGGUCCAGCAGGGGACUUCUCCAUGCACGUGUCCAUCUUUGAGUGUGAGUCUACGGGGGGGGUCUGAGUGGGUGUUGGAGCAGACCCUCCACCUGGAUGACUUCACGAGGCCCUCCUCUACCCUGGACCCUGGAGUCAGUGUAGACUCCAACCUCUUUGUGUACAGCAGGUCUGACCUGUACAUGAGUCGCGACCACCACUCUCCCAACAUCAAACACUAUGUCCACCUGGACUGGCUGUCCAAAGAGGACGGGUCUCAUAUCCUCACGGUGGGGGUGGGAUCCAAUAUCCUCAUGUACGGUCGCAUCUCGGGCGUGGUCAACGAACAGACCGCAAGCAAGGACGGGGUGGCGAUCAUCACCCUACCUCUAGGGGGCAGCAUCAAACAGGGUAUCCGAUCCCGCUGGAUCCUGCUGGGCACUGUGGACCUGCUCUCCUCUGUAGACGGCACCCCCUCCCUGCCCGUGUCCCUGUUCUGGGUGAGGGACGGCAUCCUGGUGGUGGGUAUGGACUGUGAGAUGCACGUGUACGCCAGUGGCGCCAGGACCGCAAGCCCGGCGAUGCCGAGGGGGACAGCCUCUCCUCUGAAGAUAACAUCGCGGGGGGGUUGGAGGGAGCGGAGGGCAGACGGCCACUGCGCAACCACGGGGGGAUCCUCGUCGGCGUUCAAGGGGCGCGCCCGGUCCAAGAGUGUGUUUGAGGGCAACGUGGCAAUCGACGAGGCUCUCCAGGCGCGGCAGGGCUGCAGGAGGGGGUCUGUUCGAGGCGGCCCACUCCCUGUCCCCACCCUGCCUCAGUACCAUCCAACACAGCUGCUGGAGCUCAUGGACCUGGGGAAGGUCCGCCGCGCCAAGGCCAUCCUGUCCCACCUGGUGAGUGUAUCGCUGGGGAGGUUGCUGUGGUGAGGGACGUGGAGGCAGGUGAA